AUGACACCUCCCAUUUAUUUCACCACCACCACCAUGUCUCAACAACAACAACACGAACAAUCAUCAAAGGACAAUGAAAAGCAGUCAAACGCAACAGAAGAAGAUGAAUCGCAUCGAUUUCCCACUCUUCCAGCAUUCACCGUCCCAGUAGAGGUCCGAAAUACCCCCCAAUACGGUCCCACCGAAUUUGGAGUCUUUGCCUUGGAAGAUAUUCCUGCCAAUUGCCGGGAUUUUUGGGUGUGGACAGACCGGGUCCAAAAGAUUCAUCACACGGAACUUGAGACGUAUAUCAAAUCCAACUUUGAAGCGACCAACAUUCGACAAAUUCGACAAUUCUUGCGGCGUGGCUUUGUCUUACCACCACCCAAGGAUGACCAUUGGAAUUCCAAUCCGACGGAUGCUGGGUCGUUUAUGAAUCAUUCUUAUACACCAAACUGUGGGCAGCCAUAUGGGACUCUACGCAAAAUAAAAAAGGGAGAAGAAUUGACUAUGGAUUACUCGGGGAAUGGGAAUCCAAAGUGGUAUCAAGAUAUCUGUCACAAGUACGGGAUUCUAACGGGAGUGGAGAUUGCUUCCAGAGAGAAGCAGAACAAUGGUCAAGUCCAGGAGGCUUCGUUUGAUCCGCCAGAGGGAUUUCCAACUUAUUGA